AUGUCUCCUGUCGCAAUGCCUGUAGCCUCGGAUUCUCAGUUUGCACCUCUUAUAGAUGGCCUUCGCACAGCACCCACAGCCCCUGAUGCGAAGGCUGCCGCAGACCGCCUUGCUCGAGAGAUUUCCAAGACCGGUCUUCAAUCACUCAGUGAUGCGGACAUUAUCGCAACUCUGCAUGGUUUCGCAACCAACAAAAAGUCGGGCUAUGAGCGCGAGUCCGCCGCUGUUGCCUUCCAAUCAAUGUGUACCAUCCUUGGACAACCCGUAGCCCCACUUCUUCUCCCUACCUUACCUGUGCUCUUCGAGCUGUAUAUGGACAAGGGCGAUGUUGUCCGCUCUGCGGCUGCUACAGCCGUCAAAUCUGUCUUGAAGCUGUUCCCUCCGGAAUCAACCCGCGUCGUGUUCCGGGCGCUGGAGGACAUCCUUGAUGGUGGCAAAUGGCGAACGAAAGUGGGCGUUUUGGACGCCAUUCGGAGUUUCGCCAGUUCUGCCCGAGAUGCAGUUGCAAACGAGCUUGGGACGACAAUCCCGAAAGUAGAAGCUGCUAUGCAUGAUACGAAAUCAGAGGUUUCCUCAGCCGCUAUGAAGUGCGCAACGGCACUCUGCAAUACCCUGGCGAAUCCUGAUCUCAGUCCACACAUCCCGACUUUGGUCAAGUGUAUGGCCAACCCAGACUCCGUGCCUGCAUGUAUCAAGGCACUGUCAUCCACUACGUUUGUUGCCGAAGUCACCGCACCCGCAUUGGCGGUCCUCGUCCCACUUUUGAAUCGUGCGCUGAAUGAUCGAUCCAUGGAAGUCCAACGCAGGACUGUAGUUGUGGUUGAAAACCUGGUUAAACUCGUUCGCGACCCGAAUGUUGCGGCGCAAUACUUGAGCCCUCUUGUUGACGGCGUAGAGAAGAUCGCUAAAGGCGCUGCGUUUCCGGAGGUGCGCGCAUUCGCUGAGACCGCGCUCAAUACGCUGCUCAAGUCAGGCGCGUCCAAGGACGGCCCGCCCACCGUCCACCGUGACCUCGAGGGUGAAAUGGCUGUGGCGCUCUCGGCGCUGCUGACUCUUUUGCCCGUGGAACUCACGGACACCUCAGCUAAGAGGCCGAAUGGCCCUCACGUCCCACGUCAUCCAGCGCUCGCCCAGGUACUACAAUUCGAAGCAUCGCUUGUGGCUGAUCUAGCGCACGGCCGUCAAUUUUCGAAUGCGGAGCCGUGGAACCGCUGUGUCGGCGGUUUCCUCAGUCUGUGGUUCGGCGGCGACAAGGGUGCUGCAGCAAAGUUCUCUGAGACCGUUCGCACACACUUCCAAGCCAUUGACAGGGCAAAGCACGCACCUGCGGAUGACGGGGCAAGCGAAGAAGGCGAACUGCUUUGCGAUACGCAGUUCUCACUUGCAUAUGGGGCGCUCCUUCUCUUGUCGCACACGCGUUUGCGGCUCUUCCGCGGUCGUCGGUAUGGUAUUCUCGGCACCAAUGGUUCGGGUAAAUCUACCCUUAUGCGCCAACUGCAUGACGGAAAGGUCGAGAACUUCCCACCUCAGGACCAGCUGCGAUGUGUCAUGGUCGAACACUCGCUUCAGGGCGAGGACACGUCGCUUUCAGUGAUUGACUUCGUGGCAUCAGACAAGACCCUGGCUCACAUUCCCCGGGCCAAAAUCAGAGAUCAAUUGUUGGAGGUGGGCUUCGAUGACAGCAGACAAGCUGAGGUUGUCGGGGGUCUUUCGGGCGGAUGGAAGAUGAAACUUGAAUUGGCAAGAGCUAUGCUGUCUAACGCAGAUCUGCUUCUACUUGACGAGCCUACCAAUCAUUUGGACCGGGCUUCUGUUAAAUGGCUUGAACAAUACCUCAUGUCCCAAACGAACAUUACAUGUCUCAUUAUCAGUCACGAUUCUGGAUUCCUCGAUACCGUAACGACCGAUAUAAUUCAUUACGAGACCAAGAAGCUUGUGUAUUACCGUGGAAACCUGUCGACAUUUGUAGAGAAGCACCCAGAAGCCAAGUCCUACUACACGCUUGCCGCAACCUCGGUCAAGUUCGCUUUCCCUCCACCCGGGUCUCUUAUGGGCGUCCGGAGCAACACUCGCGCGAUACUGAAGAUGAAUAAUUGCACAUUCACCUAUCCAGGUCGCUCGACACCAAGUCUGCACAAUGUUAGCUGCGCAAUGUCGCUGUCAAGCCGUGUCGGCAUUAUUGGUCCCAAUGGCGCGGGAAAAUCCACCCUUGUCAAGCUUUUGACGGGUGAGACGGAGCCACAGGAAGGCACUGUCUACAAGCACCCAGCGCUCCGUAUUGGUUACGUCUCACAGCAUGCUACCCAUCAUAUUGAACGCCAUCUCGAGAAAACGCCGGUUCAGUACAUCCAGUGGCGCUUCCAGGACGGCCAUGAUCGCGAAAUCCUGGAAAAGGCGACACGCGUUCUCACGGACGAGGAGAAGGCACUGUUAGAAACGGAAUUUGUCGGAAAGAACGGACAAAGACGGAAACUUGAGUUGAUUAUGGGUCGUCAAAAGUUGAAGAAGUCUCUUCAAUAUGAGAUAAAGUGGCGUGGCCUCGACCAUAGAUUCAACACAUGGAUUCCAAGAGAAGAGCUGCUCGAAAAGGGCUUUGGCAAGCUUGUCCACCAAUUUGAUGAUCUCGAGUCGUCGAGAGAAGGUGCGGGACAGCGGGACACGUCUGCGCACAUUGUGCGGAAGCAUCUGGAAGACAUUGGAUUGGAUGGAGACAUAGCACAAUACAACGAGAUCUCGGGCCUGUCUGGAGGACAGAAAAUCAAGCUAGUCAUUGCAGCUUGCCUAUGGAAUAAUCCUCAGAUAUGUGUUCUCGACGAACCAAGCAACUUCUUGGAUCGUGAGGCAUUGGGCGGCUUGGCUGUUGCCAUUCGUGACUGGGCAGGAGCUGUGGUCAUCAUCUCCCACAACGAGGAGUUUGUUACUGCACUAUGCCCUGAAAUCUGGCAUGUGGAUGCUGGUCGGAUGACACACAAGGGCAAGGCCGCAAUUGUCGAAGACGCUUUCGCCGUGAAGUCUCCUAAGGGUAGCGGUGCGAACACACCUGCACGAUCACGGUUGCAGUCACCGGCUGCCUCGGCUCAGGCGACGCCUGCUGGGAGCGGUACAGAAGACAAGGCUGGCACUACAACACCCCCCGUCAAAAAGAAGAAGAAAUUGACGCGUAACCAGCAGAAGGCGCAGGAGGAGCGCAGGAGACUUAGAAAGCUGGCUUGGUUGACUCAUGGUGGGGCCAAGCCUGAGGACACUGAUAGUGAUGCCUAA